AUGUUGACAAAUUUAAAUAGGUUUCUGGAAAAUUGGGAAAAUGUUGAACUUGCAGGGGAAAAGGUACUUUCACAGCAUGUCCACAACCAAUUGGACAAGUUAAGAAAACAUAUUAAGAAAGGUUGCUUGGAAGAUAUUCCUCCUAAAGCAGGAACAAGCAGACAGGAAGCAAUGCACAAAAGCCUCCGAAAAAGCGUAGAAAAAAGGAGAGUUGGCGUUAAAGUAGCUGUGGCAAGCAUAGGAACGUGCCUAUACAGAUGGAACGAAAAGGCGGUUUUCGGACAAGGUUGGAUCGUGCCAUUCACAAGUUCGGUCCCAGUCACCCACUACCAGGACUUGUCAGUCAGUCAGGAAGAAGUAUUUGGUACUGGAAUAAUUCAAAAUGGAAGCGGUUUUAGCGAUGAUGACUCGGAAGAUGGCACUGACGUCGAUGCCUGUGAAAAUGAGUCAACGGGUAGCAGUAGUGAGGACGGGGACUAUGGGAUUGAUGACAACGAUAAUGUGAGGAUCAGCGAGGAAGACGCGUAUCAUCGAGUUUUAGAGUAUGCCCUGUACAUGAAGAGCCUGGCUCACGAUUUGCAAGCGAAAUGCGAUGCACCCACGAUGAAAGUUAAUCUGACACAGUUCGUAGGACGCAGCCUUCUAUUAUUCUCAUCGCAUGCAAGUUCCUCCAGACCAGACGCAGGAAAAUGCAGGGAGAGGUUAACCAGCAUUUUAAAUGCAUUUGGCUUUGAACAGUUGUCGAUGCCAGGGGAUGGAGACUGUUUUCUACAUUGCAUCUCUUUCAGUUUGAGCUCUCUUCUUACUAGAGAUAACUCCAACUUAGCCACUUACUUGAAAUCAAUCGGUAUCAGCAUAGAGAUACCUGACAAGGACAAAAUCAACGUUCUUAGGCGGUUGAUUGUGCAAGAAUUUAUGGGGCCUAAUCGGCAUGUUUACGAGCCAUUUCUGAUAACAAGCACCACUGAUUCAUAUGGCGCAGAAGCUCAAAAGUUCCUUGAGUCGGGCCAUUAUGAUUCUGAAUUAGGAAACUGUGUUCCACUGGCGAUGAGCAAUAUCCUUCAAGUACCCCUGGUUAUUUUUACCUCCAUGGAAAAUUAUCCCAUCACUCACGUAAUUCCCAGAACACGAGUGCUAUCUGAAGUUCCGAUAUACCUUGCUUUUAGUCAUAGUGAUAGCGGCCACUACGACUUGGCAGUUGAAGGCAAUCGCACAGAGUCGAAUUCAACUGUAACUGAAACAACCGGCAAGGAGCCAGACACACAAAUGCCAGUUGAGGUAGAUCUCCCCACUCAAAAUCAAACGGGAUGUUCGUGUGGUCGCGGAGCCGCCAGGAAGACAGCGAAAAGUGAAUUCUGCAAACACUAUAAAUCACGCUGUCCGUGUUUUCGUGCCUUGCGAAGCUGCAAUGUUAACUGUUCCUGUCGUUCGUGCGUGAAUCCGUUUGGUCAUAAAGCUAAUGAAAAAGGCAUCUUUGAUCCGCCACCACGAAAGCGACAAAAACAAGACCUUCAACAAGACGUCAAGCAAACAGACAAAGGCUAUAUGGAAACGAAAGCGGAAGAGCCCAUUGCUACAACUUGGUUGGAAGACGAACUGUACGUCAUUGAAGCACUGAUCUUGUACUUGUUAGUUACAAGCCAAGAUAUCACUCCGAACAGAAUCUUUGCAGACUAUCACAAGAUAGUAGAAUUCUGCUCUGCCGAAGAUAUAAGUUUUCAACGUGUAUUUUCUCUACGUCGUAAAUCCCGUCAGCAAUAA